AUGACAAGUGAACCGAUUAUCGACGAUUACGAAGGUCCAACACCAUGGGAACAGUUGAUCCCUGUGUGUAUUCUGACUGCAAUCCUACUUAUUUUACUUCUCGCCUGCGUCAAAGAGUGUCACUUCAAGUACAGUAGAAGCAAGGCAGUUGAAAACGCAUCAAAACGGGAUCUGGGUCCUCUUCCGAAAAUAAUGGUCACCAAUGGUCGAACCGGAGAAGAGCGUGUCAUCCAGGAAUGA